UUCCCUUCGAUGGCUUCUCCACUCGCUUCCCUCUCGCCAGCCCUCCACCGUCCCGCCCUCCUUAAACACCCCAAAUCCCCGCCAUUCUCCCUCCCAAUUCGAAGGCUUUCCCUUCGAAGAACCCUAACUCCGCCCUCCAUCAAAGCCAUCAAGGAAUGGGCGGAGUACGAGGACGCCGUGCGGGAGAAGGACCUCGCUCGGGCCCUCCGCUUCCUCAAAUCCAUGGAAGCUUUUCCAACCCAAUCCCCUUCCUUGUCUCCCUCUCCUCCUCCUCCUUCCAUGGAUUCCGUUGCUUCUUCGAUUCCUUCAGAGUUGUACUCUCGGGAGUUGCUGAGGCCCGAGAGGGACUGGGAGGUGCUCGACACUUGCUUGAAUGCUGAUGAUAUGAGGCUCGUCGGGAGCGCCUACGCCUUCCUCCAGGCACGGGGACUGCUUCCGAGUUUCGGGAAAUUCAGGAACAUUGUUUUAGAGGGACUAAGAGAUGUAACUCCAACAAUUUUAAAGGAAUCAACUGGUUUGGAGGCCUCGAAGCUUGCACCAAAGAAGUGGGGUCUUUCUGGAAGCUCCAGAAUUGUUUUGCUUGCUUUCCUUGGAGGUGUAUCUUUUCUGCUCUCUCAGGGGAUAGACAUACGACCUAACUUAGCAGCCAUUUUGGCAUUAGGAAUGCUAGAUGCAAUUUUUCUAGGUGGCAGCUGUCUUGCUCAAAUCUUAUGCUUUUGGCCUCCAUAUAAGCGGCGUGUUCUUGUUCAUGAAGCAGGGCAUCUUCUUGUUGCUUAUCUUAUGGGUUGUCCAAUUCGAGGUGUGAUUUUGGAUCCCUUUGUGGCACUGCAUAUGGGCAUUCAGGGCCAGGCAGGAACUCAGUUUUGGGAUGAGAAUUUGGAAAAUGAGCUCACAGAGGGUCGUCUUAGCAGCACUGCUUUUGACAGGUACUGCAUGGUACUUUUUGCUGGUAUUGCAGCUGAAGCUCUUGUUUAUGGGGAGGCAGAAGGUGGAGAAAAUGAUGAAAAUUUAUUCAGAAGUGUUUGUGUUCUCUUACAGCCUCCAUUGAAUAUUGCACAGAUGUCAAAUCGUGCACGGUGGUCUGUUAUGCAAUCCUACAAUCUUCUGAAGUGGCAUAAACAUGCACACAGAGCUGCUGUUAGAGCUUUAGAGAGUGGCCACAGCCUUAGUGUUGUCAUCAAGAGGAUUGAAGAAGCAAUAUCUUCCACCACCUAAUGGCCGGAGCUUCAUACUAAUUAUUUCAUGUCAUGAAUCUAAGCACUGCAGGAUAAGAGAACUGGGUCAUUUUUUGUUGCACCAUUUGUGCAGUGUGACAACUAUGAUACUUCAAUUGGAUCCAUACUGAAGAAUUAUCAUUUCUUCUUCCAUCUGAAUAUAAAGAGCUGAAUUGCUGAGGUAUGUGAAGACAAUAGGACUGAUAGCACUGCGGAUGGAGAGGAUCCUGAACAAUUAUUUCAAGAAGACUAAAAUUUGGGAAGGACAACCAUCAAUGACAGUCUAGUCUACUACAGGGCAUUCUUAUGUUACUGAACUUUCAUUUGUCAAGCACCGAUGUGAUUCAACUUGGACAAUGAGUUAAGAAGAUUACUGCUGGAAAAAGAAACAAAAGAUUACGUGCGUUUGUGCCACCAAUCAAAGAGUUUCACUUGCUAUUUCAUGAUUCUGCAUUCUUACAUGUAAUAAAUUGUGGAGCUAUACUUUCAAUGUGUGGUACAAAUGAAGCAGUCCAGUGGAAGAUCUAGUUGAUGGUUGUUGUAACUAUCAGAAACAUAAUCUACUUGUACUCCAAGGGCCUAUAUGUUGCGUA